AUGUCUAUUAAAAAGAUUACUAAACUUGUUCCCCAAACCAGUGCCUUAUUCGUUUGCGAUGUGCAAGAACGUUUUAAGGGUCUUAUCUGGCAAUACCCUUCUGUUAUCUCGGUUGCUGGGAAAAUGAUUAAAGCAAGUAAGCUUUUGGACAUUCCUGUAGUUGUCACAGAACAAUACCCCAAAGCAUUUGGACCAACUGUAGCUGAAUUGGAUGUUUCUGAUGCCGCUGUUGUCAUUCCCAAGACCAAGUUCAGCAUGUAUUUGCCUGAAGUUGUCUCUGUUUUGGAAAAAAACAAGACGAAAUCAGUUCUUUUGUUGGGCAUUGAGAGUCACGUCUGUGUUCUUCAAACAGCACUUGAGUUACUUGAAAACGACUAUGAUGUUCAUGUUAUUGCUGAUGGUGUAUCAUCACAAAACUAUCCUGAAAUUGAUAUUGCGGUGGCACGCAUGAAAGCUGCUGGUGCAAUUAUCACCACUUCAGAAUCCGUUCUUUUCCAAUUGGUCCAAGAUGCCAAACAUGAGAAAUUUAAGGGCAUCAGUAAUUUGGUCAAGGAAUACAUGGAAGCUACCAAAGUGAACAAGAUUUUGCAAAGAGGAUCCAACUUGUAA